AAUUCUUGUCUCUCGUAUUUUGCUAAACAUCCAAGAAAAGGCCCGAGCCGCGCAGAGGGAGCAAUCCGAUACUCCCUCGUUUGUGCGCUCAGGCCAUGGCAUGCAGACUGAAGCGGACACAGCCUUGUGAUCCCUUCUGAUGCCUCCAACAGCAUCCCUGCAAUCGGCCCAGAGACGGAACCUUCCGUAGCCACCACCAACCAGGCAAACGCUGUUGUGGACGAGACCAUGAUUGCCGGCCCUUCGAAUCAACAUCGCCAUUGCGAAGUACAGGAAGUUGAGGUACCCGUGGAGGCUGGACCCUCUGGACAAGGCCGCGAGGAUGAUGUGGAGCAAGGGCAGGCGGAAGGAGAGGUCGCAGAGGAUUGGGAGGAAGAAGAGGAUUGGGAGGAUGACUACUAAGGCGAGGAGCUGGAGUUGUUCAUGUAAUGUGUUUUGGAAUCUGGUGAGUUUGUUCCGCAAUUCUUUCUCUAUAUCGAAACUUCGCUAUACUAGGUCGCAGGCGUCCUCGUUCCGUAUUUAUUGGUUUUUGGAAGAUCGGUACAAUUUUUAAUACGUUGUCUGCCUAUGUAGUCAGACAUGUGCAAUGUCUCUCGCCGUCUUCAAAUUGCUCCCUGUAGCAGACUUUUCGAUACCGCGACUCUGUGGUUCUAUCAAUACUAUGCUUGGACUAUCUGCAG